AUGGCGAGUCCUGCACUACAGAAAACUCUGUUCAAUCAGGCAGAGGUGAGGAAAUCGCUAAUUGACCCAGAAGUUAACAAGAAAUGCACAAAAACUGUCCUACGAAACACUGCCAGGAAAACUGUCGCCCAGUACCCAGCUGACUCCAUUAAAGUGUACACAGAUGGUUCCACGAGAGAGAACCUCGGACAAAAAACCUCUGGGUAUGGUGUGGUGGUUCGAUUCCCUGGCUCGACCGAGAACGAUGAGAUUCUAGGUACGUGUUCUGGCAGGAGUAAUUACGUAGCUGAAAUGGUUGCAAUUCAAAAUGCAGUAGAGUACAUUGAAGAACGACUUAACGAGAAAACAGCACAACCCAGUCCUAUUGUGCUAUUUACAGACUCUCUGUCGAGCCUACAAGCCAUUGAAAGCCCUGCUGAUACGCUCCCGGAACCACUGGCAAAAACACUGGCGUGCGUGGGACGCCUCCAAGAAAAACACGAAAUUCGGACGACAUUCCAAUACGUACCUGGACACGUGGAUAUGGAAGGUAACGCGAAGGCUGACUUAUUAGCCAAGCUCGGCACAAAACUGGACCCUGUGGACGAGCCACAGACUUUUGAGCAGGCGCGUGCGAUAGUGGACGAAUGGGCAAGAGAUAAAUGGUGUAAAAGCUGGGAGAACGGUAAUACGGGAAGGGAAGUCUGGCAAAACUUAAAAGGGCCCUCAAAAUCGGACGAAUGGUGGCAGCUAAAUAGGGAAGAACAGGUGACAAUCGCUAGGUACAGAACGGGACACUGUCCAAUUGGUGCCUAUUUUGCUAAAUUUAAACCAAACUUCGAUUCACGCUGCAGGCAUUGUCAGGACGACGUCGAAACAGUUAACCACAUCCUUUACGAGUGCGCAACACUACACCCUAAACAUGGCCAUUUGAGUGAAACAAAAGCUGGUUUGCAUGAGGAGCUGGCUCUGUACGGAGACAGAGAAGCUUUGAGAAGAACUGCCGCUUUCCUUGUCCGUGUUAUCAGAGAAUAG